AUGUUUACCGGAAAUCCAGUGGAUCUACCUCCACUCGAGACAGCAAUCGAUUUCGGUGUGACGGCUAUAUCCCAGACCACAGAAAGUAUAGACGAGGCGUCUAAAUUGCUUUCAAGAGCACUGGCCAGCUUCAAACACGUGACAGAUGACUAUGCCACGCUGCCAUACGAGGUAUCGUUUAAUUGGGACGAAAUUGAGUUACCGGAGGAUUUAGAGAAGGAGUACUACUGCGUGGUCUUCAGAUCAAAGCGGAAAGCAGACGUAGAUCCUGAUCUCUACACCGCUGAUAGAUUGGCUCAUGAGGAGGCUGUUGUAGCCAGUCAAGGUAAUCUCCUCAUGUACUGGUUUGGUAGCGCAAAAGCUGAUACCAGAGAGUGUCUUGCUACUUGUAUUUGGUCCUCUCAAAGCUGGGCGAAACGCGCUUCAAAGCUUCCAAAGCACGUACAGGCAGCAAAGUUGUCCAAAGAUGCCUAUGAAUCGUUCCAGCUUGAGCGCUUCCGAUUAAUCAAGCCACUCGGAACACGCAAGCUGAAUUUAGAAAGGGUGUAG